ACAACAUGAAGGGUGUGGAUCGUUUUGGGGAUGUUCGCCAAAAGCCAGCGCCACAUGCCCUUCCGGUGCAGCCUCUCCACCUCCAGGACGAUCUCCAUGAUCCCCAUAGAGGCUUUGGCAACGCUCAGCGCAGAACCUUCGAUUUUGAUUUCGAUUUCGAUGAUGACUUCCAUGUGGCAUCGUCCAACUACUAUGGAGGCGGAGAUGAGCAAUCGUACGAUCCUUAUGAUGAUCGCUACGAUCACCACGGAAGUCCCCAUUAUCCAAGGCCAAAGUACACCUACGUUCACGUUCAGCCACCACAUGCACACGAGCAAGCUUCAGCUUAUGAGUCGCCAGCUCCUGUUCAUCAUGUUCCAGCUCCUGCUUAUGAGUCACCAGCUCCUGCUCCUGUUCAUCAUGCUCCAGCCCCUGCUUAUGAGUCAGCAGCUCCUGCUCCUGUUCAUCAUGCUCCAGCCCCUGCUUAUGAGUCAGCAGCUCCUGCUCCUGUUCAUCAUGCUCCAGCCCCUGCUUAUCACGCUCCAGUUCCUGCUUAUCACGCUCCAGCUCCUGCUUAUCACGCUCCAGCUCCUGCUUAUCACGCUCCAGCUCCUGCUUAUCACUCACAUGAGCCUACUUAUCAUUCCGCUCCUGAACCUGUUCAUCACCACCAAACUCCAGCCCAUGUGUACUACGAACCCUAUGCACAUCCGACGCCGGCACAACACGGUUGCAGCGCUGGCCACAGUCACCACUAUGCACCCCCACCUCCACCUCCUCCUAGCUACCAUUAUUCGCCACCAACCACAUCAUGUGGUCAGAAUCUGGUCCUCAGUUGCACUCCCAACGUCUCUCCUGCGCCCUGCUCCCAGCACGGUGGACACGGCGGACACGGUGGACACAGUGGGUACAAGUCAUCGGACACCGUUGCAGCCCAGAAUCCCAGCUCCAGCAAUGACAAGGGCAGCAAUCAGAAGGCACCAGCCUCAUCUAUCGUCGUCCAGCCGGCUCACUUGACCAAUGAUCAUCCAGCCAGCACAACACCUUCAGCCCCAGUUGUUGGAGCACCGGUGGAGGACAAGACUCCCUCGGACAAGGACCAACCGAAAGCCCAAAAUCCCGCCAACAAGAAGCAAGAAACGAUGGCCAAACUCAUUGACAUGAUGAACUCAUCUUCCGCACAGACGAACAAGGCGACACACAACUCCAGAUCGGCGGACACGCUUCCAGGAAAGUCUCCGGCGACUUACAUCGCAAAAGAGCCUGUCAAGGCAUAGAAAUGUGUAUUAGAACACUGCAAUAAAUUACAAAAGAAAUUUUAGUAAACGAAAUGAAUUUUGUCUAUUUUCUUUAAUGCUGUUGAUUAAUCCACAUUUGCGCAAUGGUUGAUGAUUGUACGAGACAUUUGGUUUCCGCAAAGGAAAUAGAGAA